CGCAGAUGCUGCCCACACUCUUUUUGCACACAUUUCUGUUCUGCACUUCUCUUCUAUGUUCUUCAGCUAAAGAGACCAUAACAGUAAACUGUUCGAUCAGUGAUGGAGAAGGAGAUAGUCUAAUUUCACCAGGAAAAAGAUUUGAACUAGGAUUUUUUACUCCUAAUGGAAGCUCUAACACCAGGAGAUACGUGGGGAUAUGGUAUUAUGGUUCAAAUCAGCAAACAGUUGUAUGGGUUGCCAAUAGAGACAAACCACUUUUAGAUGAUAGCGGAGUCCUUGUUGUUUCGGAGGAUGGCAACCUCAAGGUGCUGGAUGGAAGUGGGAAAUCUUUAUGGACAACGAAUCUUCAAGCAGUGUCUUCUGGAUAUAGAAAAGCCAAGUUAACAGAUGCUGGGAACCUGAUGCUGAGCGAUAAAGAACAAGAAAACCACUCAGCAAGCAUUAUCUGGCAGAGUUUUGAUAAUCCAACUGAUACAUUUCUUCCAGGCAUGAAAAUGGAUGGAGACAUGAUACUAACUUCUUGGAAAAGUUAUGAUGAUCCAGCUCCAGGGAAUUUCACAUUUCAGAUAGACCAAGAAAGAGUUAACCAAUUUAUCGUAUGGAAAAGAACAACCAGGUAUUGGAAAAGUGGUGUUUCGGGUAGAUUCAUUGGUCCGGAUGGGAUGCCCUCAGCCAUGCCAUCAGCAAUUUCUUUCUUUUUGUCAAAUUUUACCUCAGUUGUACUCCAUAAUGAGUCCAUGCCUCAUCUUACAUCGUCAUUAUACAGUGAUACAAGGUUGAUUAUCAGUUUCUCCGGUCAAAUUCAGUAUUUUAAGUGGGAUUCUGAGAAGAUCUGGGCCUUGAUCUGGGCAGAGCCCAGAGAUAAAUGCAGUGUCUACAAUGCAUGCGGAAAUUUUGGUAGCUGCAAUAGUAUUAAUGACUUGACGUGCAAGUGUUUGCCUGGCUUUGCACCUAGCUCCGCGGAAAAUUGGAAUAGCCAGGAUUAUUUUGACGGAUGCACUCGAAAGUCAAGGAUAUGUGACAAGAAUGCUGCGAGUGACACAUUCUUGAGUUUGAAUAUGAUGGAAGUGGGGAAUCCAGACUCUCAAUUUAAUGCUAAGAACGAGGUGGAAUGCAAAUUAGAGUGUCUUAACAACUGUCAGUGCCAGGCCUAUUCGUAUGAAGAACUUGAUAUAGUGCGACAAAGUGGGAGCACCAUUGCUGCAUGCUGGAUAUGGUUGGAAGAUCUCAACAAUAUUCAGGAGGAGUAUGAAGGUGGCCGUAACCUUAAUGUCCGAUUAGCAGUUUCUGAUGUAGAAUCAACGAGAAGAAGUUGUGAGACUUGUGGUACAAACCUGAUUCACUAUCCACUUAGCACUGGGCCUAAAUGUGGCGAUGCCAUGUACCUCAGUUUUCACUGCAACAUCUCUUCAGGGGAAGUUACCUUUUAUGCGCCCAGUGGCACCUUUAGAGUAACAAGCAUUAAUUCAGAAACACGAAAAUUUAUCAUUCAAACCAAUGACGCAAAUGAUUGUAAGGCUGGAAAUUCAGGGGACAAUUUCUUUCAGUUCAAGCAGCCAUCGCCCUUCCAUGUUACUAGUAGGUGCAAUGCAGAAGAAGUAGAGAUAGGCUGGGAUCCUCCUCCAGAACCAACUUGCUCUUCACCUACAGAUUGCAAAGAUUGGCCAAAUUCAUCUUGUAAUGUAACAAGCAACGGAAAGAAAAGGUGCCUCUGCAAUGAAAGCUUUCGAUGGGAUAACUUGAGCCUGAAUUGCACUGAAGACCGUGGUUACAGAAAAAAGAGAUACAAGUCUUUCACCAGAAAGAUGGCCUUAGCUCUGAUCCUCGUAAUAGCUUUUCUGAGCGGAGUUGUUCUAAUCAUUCUGUCAAGCACCAUUGUUUAUGUUUACUUGCAGAGGAGAAAACUGGCCGAGGGAGAAGGGAUCUGGGGAAACAAUCACAGAAAUUCUGCACUGCACUUGUACGACAGUGCGAGACAUGUCAAAGACUUGAUUGAUUCAGGACGGUUUAAAGAAGAUGAUACAGACCGUAUAGAGGUGCCAUUUUUUCAGUUAGAAAGUAUACUAGCUGCUACGAAUUACUUCUCUAACGCAAAUAAGCUGGGGCAAGGUGGAUUUGGGGCUGUUUACAAGGGAAAGUUUCCCGAAGGGAGAGAAAUUGCUGUAAAGAGGCUCUCAAGCGGUUCAGGACAAGGUUUAGAGGAAUUCAAAAAUGAAGUUGUGCUGAUUGCAAGACUUCAACAUCGAAAUCUUGUUAGACUUUUAGGCUAUUGUGUUGCAGGAGAUGAAAAGAUGUUACUUUAUGAAUAUAUGCCUAAUAAAAGCUUAGACUCCUUCAUAUUUGAUCGGAAGCUAAGCAUUCUGUUGGACUGGGAUAUGCGAUACCGCGUCAUUUCGGGAAUUGCUCGAGGCCUUCUAUAUCUCCACCAAGAUUCAAGGUUGAGGAUAAUUCACAGAGAUCUGAAAACGAGCAACAUUCUUUUAGACGAGGAGAUGAAUCCCAAAAUUUCUGACUUUGGCUUGGCAAGGAUUUUUGGUGGCAAAGAAACUGCUGCAAACACAAAUAGAGUGGUUGGAACUUAUGGCUACAUGUCCCCUGAGUACGCACUAGACGGACUUUUCUCAUUCAAAUCAGAUGUCUUUAGCUUUGGUGUUGUUGUAAUUGAGGUCAUCACUGGAAAGAGGAACGCAGGAUUUUACCAGACUGAACAGUCUUUGAGCCUUCUGGGCUAUGCAUGGCAUUUGUGGAAAGCAGACAAGGCAUUAGAUUUGUUGGACCAGACACUGCGUGGAAGUUGCAAUGCAGACGAACUUCUAAUGUGUCUAACUGUUGGGCUCUUGUGCGUACAAGAAGACCCGAGCGAUCGCCCCACCAUGUCACAGGUAGUUUUCAUGCUUGGCAGCGAAAUUGCGUCUCUUCCAGCUCCAAAACAACCAGCAUUCGUAGUCAGGCGGUGCCCUUCUAGCAAAGCUUCUUCAUCUAGCAAACCAGAGACAUUUUCCCAUAAUGAGCUAACCGUUACUUUAGAACAUGGUAGAUAGUAAAAGUACAAGGCUCCAAAAACGUCAUUUCUACAAGUAUAGGAAGCAAAUUUUAUGUUUAUCAAUACUUGUUGUGUUUAAUUUUGCUUGAGCAUUACCUGCAUUUGGCAGUUUCUGCUCAAGAAUUUCCUAUUUAUUCAAGAUUAUCUUAUUUUUAAGCUCCAAGCAACAUUUUUGCUGCCAGCCGAACAUUCUAUCCCUGAUUGUCUCUCCAGUGACAUGCAAAACCUUUUGUCAAAUGCACAGUUUCUGCUGAGAUGAUCCUAUGAUGUUAUCCUCACUUCAGAGCAUAACAGACCAGGAUCAACUCGCUCUGUUUCGGCACAGGGGAGUGUUUCUGGCUCCCUCGAGAGUUUUUACAAUGAAAUUUCAGAAAAAAGUUGCGGAUAAGUUGGCUAAAGAAGAGGUUUAUAGGCAGCAGGAUCUUCUGCGGAUAUAUGAAACCGGUGAGGAAAAUUCUAGCUGGUGAAGUAUUGAAUGUCUUGCAAUCUGUCACCGGGUGGCUGAUGUUCUGCUAUUGAAUUGAUGAUUUUUGUGCUUCUUGAUUGUCUCUAAAAGUUUUUUGUGGUUUUUAAGGGUAGGAAGGGUCGGGUUCUAUUUUGUUCUACUGCCAUGACUUGAUGCGUUGUGUAUAGGCAGGAUUGUGUAUGUAUCAGUCAUGGGAAGUGUAUAGCUGUCAGAUUUUUGUAUAGCAGAUUUUAGUGGGUAGCUAUGAGUAAGAUUUGGGGAAUAUACCUGCUUUUUGUGCCCAGGUAUAGUCCACGAAUCACUGGUUCUUCACUGAUGUAUUUUGAAGGGGAUUAUUCCACCCUUCUUUGCAAUGAAACUCCAAUCUUUCAAA